AUGGUCUACUAUGGUAUGGCCCUUAAGCCAAAUGUCCUUGGUGGUGAUAUGUAUAUUAACUUUGUCUUUGCUGCAUUAGUGGAGAUACCAGCUCUUCUUCUGGUGUUCUUAACAAUUGAUCGGGUUGGUCGUCGUGCUGUAACCAGCGCUGGUUAUUUUCUUGCUGGAGCUUGCCUACUUUCCUUUGUUUUAGUGCCAUUGGUGGUGUCGAUUAUCCAAAUGAUGAUAUCUAGAGGUGCUAUCACCGGCACAUAUGCGGCCAUGUACACCUACACACCCGAAUUGUUCCCUACAGUAAUCCGAAAUACAGCAAUGGGUAUUUGUAGUAUGAUCGCACGUAUUGGAGCAAUCUCGGCUACCUACCUCAGCCUGUGGAUCGCAGAGACUCCGAAUGGCAAAAUGUACAUGAUCAUCCCAUUCGCAGUUAUGGCGAUCUCAGCUGCCGCACUUACGCUAUUCUUCUUGCCAGAAACGAUGGGCACUGCAUUACCUGAAACAAUCGCCCAAAUAGAGGGUGAAGAUUCACCUAUAUCACAAGAGCUUCAACCUCUUCGACCAAAGACCCCAGAAAACACCGUAACAGCAUCCGCAAAAGGAGAAUCUGAAGUGACCUCUGAAAAUAUGCAGAAUGACUUAUCUUCCUUAGACAAGAAUGACGAUUGA